AUGAUACAGAACGCGAAAGUGAUAGAGAAUUCUCGUAUUAAUAAGAACAGCGAUUUUUAUAAUGCCUGUCGCGGUGGUGACGCACAGACUGUUCUACAACAUCUCACGAAUAAUCCUGUUCCUAAUCCAAAUGAAAUUCUACCUAACGGAAGCACUGCUCUUCACGCAGCUGCCUAUUACGGACAUGUUUCUGUUGUUCGUCUUAUUGUUCAACAUUGUUCUUUCAGCUAUCUUGAAAGAAAUCGUUACGGAUUCACAGCUUAUGAAGAGACUUAUAGCAAUGAAAUUCGUCAAAUGUUACAAUCAGCACAAGAUGCAACGACCAAUCAAUAUUGGUGGCCGACACUGUUUCGAAUGGCCAAUAAUCCUCAGCACAAAACAGAAACUACUCUUAGUCGUUUACUGAAUCAAAUAACAGCAAGUCGUUUUCUGGUUGCCCAUGCUGAUCAAAUUGCUGAUCUUUCUCGUCGAGCGUCAAUUAUUAUCGAUGCGAAACAUGUAAAAUUCGAUGAAAUUAUGCUAUUUCUAACCGAGUUUUCGACUAUUAACGGACGAUUGCCAAUUAUCUAUGUUCUUAUAGACAACUUAUCUAAUGACUUCAUUGCUUCGUUAACUGUACUUCCUCACGUGCAAGGCAUUUUUGACAAUGAAGAAAGUCUUAUUGUACGAUGGGCAUUGAAUAUGGCGUUAGAACAUCGAAAAACUGGACAUGAACUUCUUACAUCUGAUGAUAAGCAAAAUGCGGAAUUUUUUUUGAACGAAAGUGUUGCUCUUUAUAAACGACUAGCGACUAUCGUUCAUCCGAAAAAAAGACUUACAUGA